AUGGCGUGUAGUUCGGUGAACUUGGAAGAAAUACCCUCCGAAUCUCUAAUGAAUGAGCUUCUCCACCGUAUGAAGUGCGCCCCCAAACCCGAUAAGUGCCUCAUCCUCAUUGGUCCACCUGGAUUUGGAAAAGGCACUCAAUCACCAAUAAUUAAAGAUGAGCACUGCUUGUGUCCCUUGGCCACUGGUGAUAUGCUUAGAGCUGCUGUUUUUGCUAAAACCCCACUUGGUAUCAAGGCCAAGAAAGCUAUGGAUAAGGGAGAACUUAUUUCUGAUGACCUGGUUGUUGGCAUUAUCGAUGAAGCAAUGAAGAAACCUUCAUGUAAAAAAGGUUUCAUUCUUGAUGGGUUUCCCAGGACUGUAGCACAAGCACAAAAGGUGAUACUUUGUAUAUAA